UAUAGUUACGCUUAGUAGGUGUAUAUUUCUGACAGAUAUGGCAACAAUAAACUUAACACGACUACAAAACGUGUGAAAUACUUGAAUAAUGUUGUAAAAUACAGUGAUAAUAAUAUAUUUUUCGUUAAAAUGUACGAAAAUAGUGUUCGAAAGCAAAUGGAUGAAGAUGAAUUCUACAGGCAUUAUCUUCAUUCUACCGCCAAAAGUGCCCUUACCCAAAGUCUAUCUAUAAGUGAACAAGUUCAAAAACUAGGUGAAGGAAUAGAAAUAUUGAAUAAGGAGUUGCAAAAUCAAGUAUUAGAGAAACACAAUGACCUCCUGCAGCAGGCAAACCAUGCAAGUAAAUUGGAGGAUAUUCUAAAUACCAUGAACAGCCAUGUAGAGAAUUUAUUUGCAAAUGCGGACCGUCUCAAGGUGCAAAUUACGAAUCCGUAUCAUGCUUUAGAAAAUCAUACAAAAGUGCUAUCCAGAUUGCAUUUAGCUAGUCACAUUUUACGGCAAGUGAGUCGUAUUCAACAACUAAGUAAACGGCUCAAUUUGACUAAUGAUCCUGUUCAGAAAGCGACAGUUUUACAAGAAUUGGAACAAUUAGCAAGUGAUCCUGAACUCGUCGAUAUCGAAGCCGUGAGUUCAGAACUUCGAAACAUUCGUGCACAACAACAGAAAGUUGUUAAAUUAGCGAAUGGAUCAUUGACGCAAGGAAUAAUCAACGAGAAUUCAACGCAAACGACGACGGCGUUGCAGAUUUUUAUUAAUUUGGGCACGAUUUCAACAUCUAUUCAAAACACAGUGGAUAUUGCGCUGGCAGAAUGUCGCGAGAGUUUGAAAACAACGUUUGAUGUGCGAGUUAAUUUGGACGCGGCGACAAUUAAAGGCAAACAAGGACCCGGCAGGGCUGCUUUGACUUCAUCGCAGGGAUUUCGUACAAGAAUUUGGUCGGAUAUGGAGAAGGUGUUCUCGGAUGAAAUUUAUCAACAGUGCAAACAGGUUAAAUUCCUACAAUACACUUUAACAAAUAUCAACCGAGACUUCGACGAUUUGUCCAGCAACUUCUGGAAUUCUCUUGGUGAUGUAAUAUCUGAAGAAGUAAAAAACGCGGUACCAUCAGUGCAGCAAAUGCUCGAGGAAGACUACCCCAAACUGUUGAAGUGUUAUUGUGAUAUGAUAAAAAAAUUGCGCUACGAGAAAUAUUCAUUUGAUCGAAGUAACUUAGAAAAAUGUGAAAACGCCUAUUUGAGUAAUUCUUGGACGAGAUUAUUAGAACCCACGCAGAGUAUGUUCGUUCAAGAGAACUCUGCACCAACUCACGAUCAAAUCGAUGGUUUAAUUCGUAGUAUCACGAAUGAAUUGAGUCUGGCACUGGUCGAAACACAAUUAACUGAGAAAAUAGCGAAGAAUGUCACGAAAUGUAUAAAAUUAUAUGCGGUUAAAACUGAACAGUUGGUUGCUACUGGACCGGAUGCUUCACAAGUUAUUGCUGGAACAAUGAACACCGGGCAACAAUUGAAUACGAAACUAGCCAAUGCAAUGUAUUACCUGCAAACACAAAUCAAUCGAAUGUUAGUCAACAUGAAAGAGACUUUAUCGCAAAAUUCCAUUCAACAUAUAUCGGAAAGUCUCCAAGUUUUGGAUACUUUGACUUCGGCAUUGAUUCAACCGCUAGUUCAAAGUAUCAAUGACACAAUCGAUACUAUUCUGGUAACAAUUCACAUCGAAAAUGAUUGGAAUAAGCUACAAGUCACAGCGAGAACGCAAAUUCCAUGUAGUCCAUACAUGCGUGAGUUAGUGCAGUUCAUCGGUCGGAUUUAUCCAACGUACUUAGCACACUUUGAAAAUAAAGAUAUUUUGGCGAACAAAUGCAGCGAUAUUACCCUACGAUGUAUUGAAUUGAUGGUGAGACAUACGUCAAUCCUGCGACCGAUUUCCCAAGGCGGUAGAUUGCGUUUACAAGCUGAUUAUGGAUAUCUGGAACAAUCGUUGAAGAUUCUAUGUCCGUAUCUAACUGAUUUAGGCAGACCCUACCGAUUGUUUAAGUCUAUGGCUACAUUAGUAACACAAACACCGCAAGAGAUAGUCGAUAGUCAAGGUUCCGGAAGUUCAGUACCACAUAGCACCGUCUUGUUUUUGUUAUUCUCGUUUGCGAAUAGUGAAUUAGCCAGUCCACAUCAAAACACCGGAUGGACGAUUAAGAAGUUAUCGAGUUGGUUGGAUGAACAUCCAUUGGAAAGCGAUAGACUAGAUUUGAUAACAGGCGCUCUGCAGAGAUACGAAACCUUGAUUCGCCAGAAAAACCAAACAAAUUUCGAUCCGGUGUAUCCAAUUAUGUCAAACUUUCUACAAACUGCUGUGGCAAACAAUUCCUAGUUAUGCAAAGAGCGCAUUUUAACUUUGUAUUAUCGAUAUUAUAUAUUAAUAUAUAUUAAAAUCAA